AUGCUGCGGGAGGCAUAUGCACACCCUGCUGUGGAGGGCAUUAUCCUCUGGGGAUUCUGGGAGCUUGGGAUGGCACGAGGGGAUGCCCAUCUCAUCGAUGCUGAAGGAGAUAUCAAUGAGGUGGGAAAGAGAUUUCUUAGUCUGAAGAAGGAAUGGCUGACCGAGACUGCAGGAAGUGUUGAUCAGGACGGAGAGUUCAGGUUUGGGGGAUUUCAAGGAACAUACAGGGUUGAAGUCGCUAGAGGUUCCAAGACAGUAGUCAAGAUGCUCUUGGUCGACAAGGGGGAGUUACCUGUCGUGUUAUCCUUACAACUUUGA